GAAGAUUGAAUUAGAUUACUGCCUUCCUCUCAUGUAAAGGAAGUCUAGUUAUGUAAUCUUAAGUUAUAAUUACAUUGUACUUACCGGUUAUAAAUCCUGUAUCUGUAGUGAAUUAUAGCAGCUAAUUGAGGUGGAAUUAGUACUUUAGUAGUUAUUACUAAGAGAGAUUUUCUAGCAUAAAAUAUGUGAUUAGCACGUUCAUAGAGUCAACAUACAUGUGCAAAGUGCAAACUUGCCCCCCUUUUUAUUACAUCCACUGUAUAUUUUUUAACAUAAGUAGUUUAUUUUCUCCUCUCUUUUCUCUUAUUUCCAUUUUCCAUUGUAGAAAAUGGAGCUUCCCUUUGGGAAAUACUCCACUUCACCCCAAAGAGCCCCAAGAAUAUACCUACUUUUAGUUUUAGCAGUUGUUGUUUUGGGUAUUAUCCCUCUUUAUCACCCAUUUAAUUUGUACCCAGCUGAUUUAGUAGCUCCAAAUCCCUCUCAAAUUUCACCUAUAUACCAUGCUGAUGAAGAGCAGAAAAUAAAGAUCAAAGAGACUGAGACAUGCGAUAUAUUCAAAGGCGAAUGGGUGUGGAAUCCGGAUGCUCCAUAUUAUACGAAUAUGACAUGUUAUGCGAUUCAUGAACACCAAAACUGUAUGAAAUAUGGAAGACCUGAUAGUGAUUAUUUGAAGUGGAGAUGGAAGCCUAAUGGAUGUGAGUUACCCAUUUUUGACCCGUUUAAGUUUUUGGAUUUGGUUAGGAAUAAAUCGUUGGCACUUGUUGGUGAUUCUGUUGGAAGAAAUCAAAUGCAGUCAUUGAUUUGCCUCUUGGCUCGGGUGGAAUAUCCUGUUGAUAUAUCUGAUAAUCCAGAUCAAGCUUUCAAAAAGUACAAAUACACAACUUACAACUUUACACUAGCAACAUAUUGGUCGCCAUUUUUGGUGUCAACGAAAGAAGCAGAUGCAGAUGGUCCAAGCCAUACUGGAGUCUACAACCUUCACCUUGACGAAGCAGAUGAGAAAUGGACCACCGAAAUUGAAAGAUACGACUACGUCAUGUUAAACGCCGGCCAUUGGUUUGCCCGGAUCAGUGUCUACUUUGAGAACAACCAACGAGUUGGCUGUCGGUACUGCGGAAUACCAGAUGUUCCUGAACUCCCACUUACCUAUGCCUACCAAAGGGCAUUCAGAACUGCUCUUAAAGCAAUCAACAACUUAGAAAAUUUUAAAGGGGUGGCAAUUCUUAGGACUUUUGCACCUUCUCAUUUUGAAGGUGGAGAAUGGAACGAGGGAGGUAAUUGUGCAAGGACAAGGCCAUAUAGGAGCAACGAGACCGCGUUGGAGGGUCAAAGCUUAGAGCAAUACAAGAUCCAAGUUGAAGAGUUUAAGAUUGCGGAGGAAGAAGGGAAGAUGAAGGGUAAGAAAUUCAGAUUGAUGGACACAACACAAGCCAUGUUGUUGAGACCAGAUGGUCACCCAAGUAAAUAUGGGCAUUGGCCAAAUGCCAAUGUGGUAUUGUAUAAUGACUGUGUUCACUGGUGCUUGCCUGGUCCUAUUGAUUCUUGGGCCGAUAUCUUGUUUCAUAUGUUCGAGAUGGAGGGCACCAGAUCCCAAGAGGAAAAGCUUCAAUGAGAGAGCAGAAUUAUACAAUGUACUCUGAUUUUUUAGUUGCUUAAUUUAUUUUUAGAAUGAUUGUGAAUUACAGAGGAACUCUGUUACCUAUAUCGUUAUGUGUAAACACCUAAUUUUGAUCCAAACCUAAUGUUUUUAUGUUCAA